UCACAUGACACAUACUUGAUUUUGAUGUCUCAUCUUAAAUUUUAGAAUAUCGUGAAAAUUUCUGGUGAUGAACAAAAUUUGGGUUACAGGGCAUAAUUCGGAUCACAUGAUAAUUUUUGAUAUAGUGAAUGGGUCGUUUGACCAAGAAAAUGUUAUUUAUGGUUCAACUGAACCGGUAAAAAUAGGGUCUCGGUGAGAUGGAAAGUUAAGAAAACAAAUUCAUACAAACCAUUAUAUCUCCUCUUCUUCAUUAUCUUUUCCCAUUUCCCAUUACAAACCCAUUUUUCUUCAUUACCUUCUUCCUCUUCCCCAUCAAAACCAGAUCCAAACUUCCUCCGAGUUCUCCACCAUCGCCAUCGACAAACAAGACCAUCAUCGUCACCACCACAAACACUAACACCACCAAGAUCUCUUGGAUUCAGCACUGCUACCUUCACCAUUACAGAUAUCAACUGGAUUACAGAUCGUCACCAUCAUGAUUGAAUGAACUCCAUCAUCGACACAACCACCUCCAUUACCGAUUGUGAUUUAUGUUCUUCUAAUUCGCUAAUUUAUUGAAACGAAUAGUAUUAUGUUGUUAUCAUCCAUCCAUUCAAGAGGAAUACACAUAUGUGGUUUCGAUAACCAUAAGGACUGUGCUUGGUUUUGUGCUUCUUACAUUGAUCUGGAAAUAUGAUUUCCCACCUUUCAUCUGGUAAUAGCUAUAUUGAACGAUGGUAAGGAUUCAUCCCUGUAGUUCCUGUAUACAAAGGAAAUUAUCUAGUCUUCCCUUGACAAUUGAGUGGAUAUGGUUCCUGCUUCAAGGUACCAUUAUGACGAUAUCCAAAGACUUUGUGGGUGCAUCUAAUGGACUGAUUUGGAUAUGGUUAUUUGAUUAUACGGGUGCCAGAGAUUCUCUCUGUCUUUGGAACCCAGCAACAAGAGAAUAUAAACAAAUACCCAAUCCAUCAGGCGAGUUCAAUAGACACCAUGUUGUCCUACAUAAUUUUUGUUAUGAUCACAAGAUUGACGAUUACAAAUUGGCAAUAUGUGAAGCAGUUUAUGGAGGGAACAGUUUACUCCAUGUCUAUACAUUGGCAUCAAAUUCGUGGAAAGUGGGGAAAAAAGCAACUUACAGGUUUCCUUACAAUAUGGAAAGACGUGGGGUGCUUGUCAAUGCAGAUUUUCAUUGGUUAGCAGUAGCUGAAUACAAAUAUUUCUUACUCUCUUUGGAUAUCAGUGACGAGAGUUUUAAGGAAAUGCAACUACCAAAAGAAUUUUUGACGACUAAGGAUCCUCAUAUGGUUCUGGGAGAGUUGGAAGGGUGCCUUUGCCUACUUAUGAGAUCAUAUGUUAAUGGUGUUAAGAUCCAGCUUGAAGUAUGGGAGAUGCUGGAAUUUGGAGUUCCAGAAGCCUGGACGAAGCGUUAUAUCAUUUCCCGUGAGAGUAUUAUCAGUGACCAGUUUUUUCUUAGGAAUGCGUGGUCAUUUAAGAAUGCUGAGAUUCUAUUCUUGGGAAGAACAAGCCUAGUUUUGUAUGACCCAAAAGAUGGUAAUGUUACAGAAUUUAAGAUUGACAAUACGUAUUACCAUUACGCCGAGAAUUAUUUUGAAAGCUUAGUGUCCUGAACUCUGGUACUUAUGUGGGGGUAGACGACAACAAAAGAAUCAGCUGAACCUGAAGAAAAACAAGCUUUUGAUGAGCAUGUUCUUUAUUUCUUGUUAUUGAUAUAUACAUCCAUGCAGUUUUUUUUUAGUGAAUUAUGAAUGAAGUUUGAGAUCAAAAAGUUGAGAUGCUGCAUUUCAGUUCUCCUUUGUUCAAGUAUUAUUUAGCAUCAUAUUGUAUUAUACCAAAAUAUAACCAGUGACG